AAAAUGGCGCGGGACAACAGCAACACCGCCACUGGCAAAGGAAGCGAAAAAGAUUUGGAGAUGACUCUUAUGAUGAUAGAGGAACUCACGGAAUUUUUUGAUACCCAGAAUUCCCAAAUGGACUCUGCUCUAUUUCCCUCAGGCUACAUGGGGUUGGAUACAGGAUAUAAAUCAAUGAUAAGGAUGGAUGGAGCUCCCAUUCUUCCUCCAGUGAUGACACAUGAGAGAAGAGAGGAGAUGCAGCAGUACAAGCGUCAGGCAGUUAUAGCAGAAACCAGGCUGAAGAACAGAAGAAGAGAGAAACUGCUGGCCAAAGUCCAGUCCAUUGUAGAUGAGAUUGAGACAAGAAGAACGCCAUCCCCACAACAAGAAUGUCUGCCAACUAACCAAGGUGUUAUCACAGCCACUAUGACCACUACGACCACUAUUAUGACCACAUCUCCUACAACACAGCAGAGGUCUUCUACUUAUGAUAACCAGCCAGAUGUGACAGACAGCACUGGCAGUGACAGACCAGUCACAGUGUCUGGUAGCUGUGCCAGCAGUGGAAGCAGUGUCAGUGAACUCAAUAGGACAGUCAUUGAAACCAGCACCUUGUUGAAGGAGAAGUCUAAAAUAAACAGUGCUAGUGAUACUGUAGAAAACACUACUCUAAACAACUCUAACAGUGAGAAAAUCCAGACACUAGAUGGUGCUGGUGGUGCUUUAGAAAUGACAGGUGCUGUUGGAUCUGACAAUGUGAAAGACCAGAGCAGUAGCAGUGGUCAUGAUAGUGGCUUUGUCACAGGGUCUCUGGUGCCAUGUUCAGACUAUACAGACAGUCAGUUCCCUAACUCUGAACUGCCUAACUCUGAUCUUCCUAACUCUGAUCUGAGUGACCUGUUGAGUCGUGUUGUACUCAGUCCUACAGACGGAGAAACAGCAGACAAAGUGCCAAAUGUGAUGAAGCCAGGAGAUCAGAAAACACCUGAAAAAGUAAAUGAAGUUGGUCAGAGACCAGAUGAUGGCAAGGGAGGAAAUGACCAGUGGCACAGUAAUAGCAGUCCCAGAACAGAAAGUGUGUGUGACAGUGAGGCUGUGAGUUAUAUGGGAGAAUACUGUGCUCUUCCCACCCCAGCACCAACCGGAACUGCUACUACUCUACCCAAUAGUGGUGAUCAGCAGUUACUGACACCAGAUGUCUCUGUUAUCCCAUACGAGACCAACUCCGUGGUGAUUAGCUCCUCAGUACCUUCUUCUAGUCAAAAUCAACCUCUUCUGUCCAUAACUCAAGCAUCGAUGGGAUCUACUGCCAGUAAACCAGAGCAGUUGCUGUCACAAAAGUCUUUAAACCCAGACUCUGUUGUCACUGCCACUAACACUGCCAGUACUGAUCUAAGACAAUACAUGCAAGGUUCACUAGACACCAUGGCCAGCUCUCUCACACUGAAGGAAGAAGCUGUAGGUAGCACUGCUGGUUUGAAGAAUCUAAGCCAGGAAAAGAUAAGCCCUGUGUCUAAUUUAGAGACUAAAUCUACCCCAGGUCAGGGACACGUGCGCAAGUCUUCGUACACUCUGGAGCACCCGUCCCCUGCACUGCUGAUGGCUCAUGGUCAGAUGAAGACUAAUACUGGGGUAGCUGGCACUGAUAGCAGUUUUGAACCCUCAGGUAGAGACAAGCCCAGCACAGUACAGAGGAAACUGAACUAUGAAGAAGAAGAGCUGGUCACCCCCAGGGACAGCCUGGACAGACACAGCUCCAGUAGGAAGGACAUACAGGAUUCCGAGGCCGAGGGGAAGAGAGAGCACCUGCAGAGAUACCUGGCUCAGAUCAGUGCACAGCCCACUGUGUCACUCCCUGUGGACCAGUCUGUAGUGCCCAGUGUAUCACAGCCCCCCAAGGACAGCCCAGGGUUCCUGUUCAGCACCAGCUCUAUGUCAGGUCUCAGUGGGGGCAGUGAGGAGGUGUUAAAGAACCAGGCCAGACAGUUUGAACAGCUCAGACAACAGCUGGUGGGACAACAGAAGUCUCAGCUUGCGGCUCUGCUUCUCCAGCAACAGAGGGAGCAGAUGCUGCUACAGCAGGAGUUGGUGGAGCAAGAACAGAGGUUCCAGCUUGCUAAGCAACAGUUGCUACAGCAACAGGGGAGACAGAUGGAGAGGGCCAAUGCUGAGCAGUGGCUGAAACAGGUCAACCAACAACAGAGUCCACAUGUCCAGCAGAUGUCCAAUCCGUCCACUCCCCAGGGCUGUCACAUAACUGACCACCACCUCACUAGGUCUGGGGGACAUGACAGUGACGAUAUAGCCCUGGACCAGGUCCAUAUUGUCAACAGACCUGGACAUCAGCUUCCCAGUGGUCAGUUACCUAGUGGUCAGUUUUAUAGCAGUCAGUCACUGCCCAGUGGCCAGUUACGGCAGAGUGGGCCAUCGUCAAAGGAAGCAUCCCCAAAUUGGCAGAGUCAGAAGGUUGUGUCACCUAGGCAGAGGCUGGGAGAGAAAAGACACAAUGUGGCUAUCACUCCGGCCUUGGAGAGAAAGUUCUGUAUGCUGUCAGCAGCUGUAAAGGGUUACCUUACCAGAAGAUUGUACAGGACAGAGAAAGUCCAGGCUAUUAUACAGACUAUUAAGGUAAGUUUACGUGGGCUGCUCUCAAACAGUCAAAACUUCUGGGGUUUUACAGACCAAUCCCCAUCCCAGCUUUCUGUUGGAUGA